UUAAAAUGAAGAUGCGACAGCCGCCGCUUUAGCUGACUGCUAACGCGAGCUAGCCUCAGUGAUGACCAGCACAGUCAACACUAUGGAUCCUGGACAGGAUUUGCUGCUUACAGCCCUCAGUGAAAGUGGCAUUUGCCCAAAUGAUAUAGGCCUGUUCGAUGUUGACUCUCAGGAUGCUGAUUCUCAGGAUGUUGCACAGCCCUCUACAACCCAACAAUCUAUCUCCAUUAGUGCCCUCGAUGUUGGUUGGGGAGACAUGGUGGAAGCUGUUCGGCCCCAGCCUGCUGCUCCAGUCCCCAUAGUUGCUAUUAGGCACAAACCUCAGCCAACGACCACCACAUUUGUCUUAAAUCAACUAAAUCAGUUGCCAUCAAUAGGAGCCGCUGUGACAAAGCAGUCGGCUACAAAUCCUAUUAAGCGAACAGUAACUGUAACCAAGGUGGUACAGGUUACUAGUUCAGCCCUGCGAGGUUCGGCGACUACUUCCUCCACAAGUAUUCCUGCUUCAGUAACCACAGUAGUGCCUUCUAACAGUGACCAGACUCAGUUGAAAGACCUUCUCAAGUCCAGCAAUGUGAAGGGCAGCAGUUUGAUGGAGCUCAUGAAGCUGAAGCCUCCAUCUGAUAUUGCUACACCAGUGGCAACUGCAACGGCCACAAUUCCAAAUGAAAUGAAUAAUGGCAUAAAGAAGGAAGUGUUGGUAAGGAUGCAGGUCAAGUCUGGCCUGGUGAUGACAGUAACUUCAGAACUUUAUGCAGUGUCUGAUCAUUCUGAAAGUGAGGUGUGUUCACAGAAACCCCCUACAGUAAAGGAAGAGGAUGAGCCUGAGGAGGAAGAGGAGGAGGAGCUGGGACAUGCUGAGACUUAUGCAGAGUACAUGCCAUUGAAAUUGAAGAUUGGGCUGCGUCAUCCCGAUCCUGUCGUGGAGACCAGUUCCCUGUCCAGUGUCAGCCCUCCAGAUGUGUGGUACAGACUGUCCAUCGCAGAAGAAAUCAUAGAUCGAGGUUGCCUCUCUGCUUUGCAGCUGGAAGCAAUUACGUAUGCAGCUCAGCAACAUGAAACAUUCCUCCCUAAUGGUGAGACGAGCUGCAUAUUGAUUGGUGAUGGAGCCGGAGUUGGGAAAGGUCGGACCAUUGCAGGGAUCAUCUAUGAGAAUUACCUUUUAGGCAGGAAACGAUCUCUCUGUUCAAAUAUGGCAAAUCUCCUCAAACACAAUGGGAGUGUGAAGAAAGGUGUGAUCUUCGCCACCUACUCCUCACUGAUAGGAGAGAGUCAGUCUGGAGGAAAGUACAAGACAAGAUUUCAACAGCUCCUCCACUGGUGUGGGGAGGACUUUGAUGGAGUUAUAGUCUAUGAUGAGUGUCACAAAGCCAAAAACGUGUGCCCUAUUGGAUCAUCUAAACCAACUAAAACUGGCCUUGCAGUUUUGGAGUUGCAGAACAAACUGCCCAAAGCUCGGGUGGUGUAUGCAAGUGCUACAGGUGCUUCUGAACCACGAAAUAUGGCUUACAUGAACCGUCUGGGCAUCUGGGGGCAUAAAACCCCUUUCCGAGAAUUUGGCAACUUUAUCCAAGCUGUGGAGCGGAGAGGUGUUGGCGCCAUGGAAAUAGUAGCCAUGGAUAUGAAACUAAGAGGGAUGUACAUUGCAAGACAAUUGAGUUUUACAGGCGUAACUUUCAAGAUUGAAGAGGUUCCGCUGACUCAGCAGUACAUCAACAUGUACAACAAAUCUGUACAUUUGUGGGUGAACGCUCGUGAGAAAUUCCAGCAGGCUGCUAACCUGAUGGAUGCAGAACAACGCAUGAAAAAGUCCAUGUGGGGUCAGUUCUGGUCUGCACACCAGAGGUUCUUCAAAUACCUCUGUAUUGCCUCCAAAGUUCGCAGAGUGGUUCAGCUGGCCAGACAGGAGGUCCAGCAUGGGAAGUGUGUGGUGAUAGGUCUUCAGUCCACUGGAGAAGCAAGAACACUUGAAGCCUUAGAGGAAGGCGGCGGCGAGCUCAAUGACUUUGUGUCAACGGCAAAAGGUGUGCUGCAGUCCCUGAUUGAGAAACACUUCCCAGCUCCUGACAGACAGAAGCUCUAUAGCCUGCUCGGUAUUGAUCUUUCGGCGAAGAAAACCUCUGAGCCCGGUGACACUGGUGCAAAACCUGAACAGAGAGUCAACAAAAGGAAAGGUUCAGACAUAAAACAACCGAAAAAGAGGCCCCGCAUGCACGGGGGUUUAUCGGGUAGCAGUUCAGAGGACAGCCAGUCAGAAGACAUGGACAAAGACUCCGGUAAAGAGUAUGACAGUGAUGACAGCUUGAAGUCUGUCAGCUCAGCCGAUGAAGACGAUGACUUCAACCCAUUCAGAGAUGAGUCUGACGACGAUGAAGACGAUCCUUGGCUUAUCAGAAAAGGUCCAAAGAAAGCAAAAGAUAAGAAAAAGAGAAGGAAAAGUAUCGAUCCAGAUUCCAUUCAAAGUGCCUUGUUAGCCUCUGGGCUCGGCUCCACCAGACUGGUCUUUACUGCCUCUAACCCCCCUAGUGCACCGACUGCAGUCAAAGCAGAGAGUGAGGAUAGCUGUCUAACAAGUCACGAUGCAGUGGAACUAGCCCAGAAAAUGAAAAAAGAACUGUUGGAAAGGCUUGAAGAACUGUCUGAGGAUCUCCCUCCCAACACACUAGAUGAACUAAUAGAUGAACUUGGAGGGCCUGAAAAUGUAGCAGAGAUGACGGGCCGGAAGGGUCGUGUGGUCAGCAAUGACGAUGGCAGUAUCUGCUAUGAGUCUCGCUCUGAGAUGGAUGUCCCAGUGGAAAUCCUCAAUCUUACAGAGAAGCAGAGAUUUAUGAAUGGAGAAAAGAACAUAGCCAUCAUCUCAGAGGCUGCAAGUUCAGGGAUUUCCCUGCAGGCAGACCGACGAGUGAAGAACCAGCGGAGAAGAGUCCAUAUGACGCUCGAGUUGCCUUGGAGUGCAGACAGAGCUAUACAACAGUUUGGGAGAACUCACAGGUCCAACCAGGUCACAGCUCCAGAAUAUGUUUUCCUCAUAUCUGAACUUGCAGGAGAACAGAGAUUUGCAUCCAUUGUUGCCAAAAGAUUAGAAAGCUUGGGUGCUCUCACUCAUGGAGAUCGAAGAGCAACGGAAACCCGAGAUCUCAGCAGGUUCAACUUUGACAACAAAUAUGGGAGAAAUGCUCUGGAAAUUGUGAUGAAGUCUAUUGUAAAGCUUGAUGUUCCAUUGGUGUCCCCGUCUUCAGACUUUAAAGGGGAUUUCUUCAAAGAAAUUCAAAACGGACUAAUAGGUGUGGGUCUCAUAAAUGUUGAGGACAGAUCUGUUUUGUCACUGGAUAAAGACCACAACAACAUUGGGAAGUUUCUUAACCGUAUUUUGGGCAUGGAGGUUCAGCAGCAGAAUGCCUUGUUCCAGUAUUUUUCUGAUACACUAGCUGCAGUUAUUCAGGAAGCAAAGAAGAAUGGGAGAUAUGACAUGGGCAUUCUUGAUCUGGGUUCUGGUGACGAGAAGGUGAAGAAGGUGGACUGCAGAAAAUUCCUAACACCAGGCUAUACAACAUCAGGACACGUUGAACUCUACACCGUCAGUGUGGAGAGGGGGAUGUCAUGGGAGGAAGCAACUCAUCUUUGGGCAGAACAGAAUGGACCAGAUGAUGGCUUCUAUGUCCAGGUAUGGGCUUAG